AGAAAGAUAAGGUUGUGAAAUUAGGUACCAAGUACGAUAGGGCGCUGUCUAAUGAUGCUGUUUGUAAAAAUAUUGGAGAAAGAACUGUCGGUAGGAUAACUACACUCUAAUACAAAAUCAUAUCGUGAAAUUAAUACAGAUUAGCAUCAUCGGCACAUCAACCUUUUAUAUUCAAAAUGCCGUCUUCAAAACACGAAGCAAAGUUGUUAUUUCUUAUAAAGAAAUUAAUUCGUAGGCAGCAUUCGGCAACUGGAUGUACAAUUAACAAGAUAUGUCGCAUGAUAGAAGACGAAGAUAUCGGCGUAAAUCCGUGUGAAAUAGAAAAGGAUGUACGGAACGCUCUGGAAAUAGGAAUCGAGAAAAGAGAACUUGUGAAUGUCGCGGACGACGUGUUUGCGAUUGCAAAUAUGGGUAAGGACUGCCAAAACAAAGACGGGUGCAAAAAACGACGACAAAGUAGAAGCAAAUCUCGUACGAGUACGUCAACUUUGUAUUCGAGUCAAAACCAACAAUCAAGAGAAUUGAGAGAUAGGGUAAAAGAUAUGCGACGGGAAUACAGAAAAAGCAAAGAAAGAAAAUCUCCGCCAUCAGAUACUGAGGAUGAAAAAAAUGUGAAGUCUAGUCCGACAGAGAAAGAAAAACCUAGUAAAAUUGAAACAGUGAAAUGCUGUGCAGAUCGAGCGUACAGGAGGAUGGGAAUGGCGAGUCACAAAGUUGGUCCAUCAUUAGAAAAUAUGGAAAUUGAUGAAAACGGAUCAAAAAUUGCUCGAUCUGUCUACGACAAUUCCCAUGCUAAGGAAUAUUCGUCUGAAGAGAAUUGUCAGAAAGAUUUCACGACAUAUUCCAAACGUAAAAGAAAGAAGCUCCGAAAGCGAAGAGUUAAAUUUGAUCGACAAAAAUCUGUUGCAAAGUCAUCUUCCUCCUCGGUGGCUUCCAGUGCCGGUAGACCAAAGUUUCGUAGAAAAAGUCGGUGUUGUAAAAAGAGAAGGGAAGGUAAAUCUUCCAAAAGACAUGUGAAACCGAAAAGAAAACCCAGAGAAUUAGCGAAAACAAUCAAAAGAAAUAAUAAUAAAAUAUUUUGCUUAUGGUGAGGGAAACUGAACGCUGUUUUUAGUAUCCUGCUAAGUUUCAACAAACAAUUUUUGCCAAAUUAUUUGAAGAUUUUGUGUAUAUUUUAAUUUGUUUUAUUAUCUAUUUCGCCCGAAUCAAGCGUCAAAUUUAUAUUUCAUUUUUACGCAGAGGAAAAGAUUUGAAAAAAAUAAUAUUAUUUCUCUAACAAGAACUCUGUGCUGCU